AUGGAGGCGCUGGAGCUGGAGACCCUGGAGCUGGAGGUGCUGGCGCUGGGGGUGCUGGAGCUGGCGGUACUGGUGUUGGAGGCACUGUGCAGCGGCGACCGUUUUUUCGUUCCUCCGCCGCCAUCGUCUCUGCCGCCACCUGGCUCGCCAGACUCCCCACUGCCUGCUCCUUCUCCUUACACUGAGCAGACAGACUCUCUUACAGAGCGUUGUGAACAUGAGUCUCGUCCUGCCUUGCCUGUUCGCGCUGUUUGCACUAGUCGUCGUGUUCCUCGUUCGCGUCCUCCUCCUGUCCCCGGCACUCACAUUAUGGCACUUCGUCCUUCCUCUAUUCCACUGCGAGUUCCCCUGCCGUCUCCUCUCGUGUCCUCUCUUGCUGACGGUCCGGACCCUGAGUCUGACGUAGUUCGUGCUGCCAGUCCUACUGUCACACGUCUUCUAGCCACUAUUGUCACUGACCCUUCGUGUGAGUCCGCUGCUGCAUCUGCACUAGUUGCUGAGCUUGCUGACUUUGCUGCCGCCUGUCGUCUCGACUACGCAGCUAGUCUUGUUGCUGAGUUUGAGUCUGACUGUCCUCCGUCCGUCGGGGGUGAAUGUGCUCUUGGCACGGACGUCCUUGAGGACUGGCAGGAGGACUUUGAGUGUCUUGCAGCUGCUGUACCUCAUCUCGUGGCCAUGCUGCUUGCACCUGAGGGAGACCCCGAUGCACUAGACAUCCCUACCCCGCGCUCUGACGCAGAGGCGAUUACGAGUCCCUACUCUUCUCAGUGGCAGACAGCCAUUGACGCAGAGAUGGCAUCUUGGAAGUCCACAGGCACCUACGUCGACGCAGUUCCCCCUCCUGGGGCGAACAUAGUCGAUGGCAUGUGGAUUUUCAGGGUGAAGCGGCCGCCGGGUUCUCCGCCUGUCUUCAAGGCUUGUUACGUUGCACGCGGCUUUAGUCAGCGACAGGGAGUUGACUUCUUCCAGACCUUCUCCCCUACCCCAAACAUGACCACUCUUCGGGUGCUGCUGCACGUUGCCGCUCAGUGUGACUACGAGCUUCACUCUCUUGACUUCAGCACAGCUUUCUUACAGGGCAGCGUGCACGAGGAGAUCUGGCUGCGCCGCCCACCUGGCUUCACUGGGUCGUUUCCUGCAGGUACCCAGUGGAGCCUCCGGCAACCAGUCUAUGGUCUCCACCAGGCGCCUCGCGAGCGGCACGACACACUGAGAACAACGCUUGCGGCUCUUGGGUUUGCUCCUUUGACUGCUGACCCGUCGCUGUUUCUGCGCACCGACAUGUCACUGCCUCCAUUCUACAUCCUCGUGUACGUCGACGACUUCGUUUUUGCCACUGCUGACACUGAAGCACUAGCCCUUGUGAAGUCGGAGCUGCAGAAGAGACACUCCUGCACUAACCUGGGUGAGCUGCGCAACUAUCUUGGCUUGCAGAUCACCCGGAACAGAGCACGGCGCACCAUCACCCUGACUCAGUCACACAUGGUGCACCAGGUCCUUCAGCGCUUCGGCUUCCAGUACUCCUCGCCACAAUCCACUCCUUUGCCUACCAGUCACUCGCUCUCAGCUCCACCUUCGGACGAGUCCGUAGAGCCGAGUGGGCUGAGUGGCUCGGAUCCAGAGCUUUUGGGCUGCCUCAUGUACCUGAUGACCUGCACUCGACCUGACCUUGCCUACCCUCUUAGCAUCCUGGCACGCUACGUUGCGCCCGGGAGACACCGACCAGAGCACUGGGAGGCCGCGAAAAGGGUGUUGCGCUACUUGCGCAGUACAUCGGGCAUGGGGCUUGUGCUUGGAGGACGGGGUCCAGUUGUCCUCACUGGACACGCAGACGCGUCUUGGGUUGACGACCUGGCUACGCAGCGGUCGUCACAGGGUUACACUUUCAGCCUUGGCUCCGGGGCCAUGGCUGCACAGGAGUUACGCUGGCUGACCUACUUGCUGGCCGACUUGGGAGAGCGGCCUCGUUCUCCUCCAGUUCUGUACGUAGACAACAAGGCCAUGAUUGCCUUGUCUCAGGAGCAUAGACCGGAGCACAGAACGAAGCACAUCGCUCUGCGUUGCUUCUUUGCUCGAGAGGUGUAG